AAGUGACGUAGUCCAAGUAAACAGAAACAGCAGAGACGAACAGCAGUCGUUUACUGUCAACCAGCGGAUAGUCAAGUGUUUUAAACGCGGCUCCCGUGUCCAGUCGUCUGGUUAUUCCGUUCAUUAUGUCCAUGUUACUACCGGGCAAAGCUACUAUGACCUUAUAUGUGUUGUCUGUUGUUGGGCUGCUACUUGUUAGCUUUGUUAGCCAGGGCAAAUGCCAAACAACUGCACCGCCACCACCCCCAUGUUCCAUCAACAAGAACUGUGACAGCUGUGUUCCUCAUGCUAAGUGUCUCUGGUGUUUUACCACCAACAACUGCACAGAUUACCCCGUGACCUGGCUGUUGCCCCCAGCAUCGCUGUGCCCGCUGUCUCAGGCCCGGUGGGGGGUGUGCUGGUUGAACUUUGAAGCGCUGAUCAUCGCCCUGGCAGUGGUAGCCGGAACCAUCCUGAUCAGCAUCAGCAUCUGCUGCUGCUGUUGCUGCUGCUGCAAGAGACGACGCCCAGGGCCUGACAGAGAUGAGGAGAGAUUUGCCAGGAGGAGAGAGGAGAUCAGACAGCGCGCUGAGGAACGGAAGGUGGAGAGACAGUCAAAACACGAUGAGAUCCGGAGAAAGUAUGGCCUGAUGGGGGACUCGGACCACCCAUACAGCAAGUUUGAGAACGAGUGAAGCAGCUGAGCUGGAGGACUGAGCUGCUCUCAUGUUUUCACUUUUAGCUUGAAUCUCUGCCUUUUUGUCUCCUGAUGCUAACUCUGCAGACCACAGCUGGACACACCCACCCAGAUCCAGGCCCAGCUUCCACUUCCUCCUGUUUAACAAACACAAACCUGACUGACUGACUGACUGACUGACUGACUGACUGACUGACUGACUGACUGACUGACUGACUGGUCUGGGAGGACUCUAUUUAGUCUUGGGUGAAUGUGAAGCCUGUUUUUAAAUUUUUUCCUAAUUUCAUGUGUUCAGAAAUGUUUUCUCUUUUUAGAUAUCCUACUUUCACGUUAGUCUUUUUGCACUUUGUACAUGGAGGAAAUUUAUAAAUUACACAAUUAUGAUUGCAUCAUUGACGUGUUCACAUAAACAAAGGUUGUGUAAAAAAAAA